AUGCACGCUGCAAUGCUCCGCUCUAGCAAUGGGUUCAUACGGAACCUAGGUACUGGUGCUCGUUUCGGCAAGCGAUUACAAAUUGAUAGGCGAUCGAGACUCGGCGCUUCAUCACAUACGACAUAUAACAUCAGCAGAAACUAUUCGUCUUAUGUUCCACAGCCACGAUCUUUGGACGCUGAAAAUGGAGAACACUUUGCAUCAAUCGACGCCCCACCUGAAUCCGAACAGGCCCGUAUACCGAUGAGAGCAGUGCUUCGUAAUAUGCGCCUGGCAGAAUCCAACAACUACAAUCGGAAACUGAAGAGAAAGCAACGAAGAGAGGUCGUGGGAGAUAAAGAGGAUGUCGAUAAACUGAUGGAAUUGGCCAAGGGAAAAAGCCUUCCUGCUGGUGUCAACUCGACCGUUGUCUCGAGAGAACUGAACUGGUUGAAGGAUCCUAAAGAGUUGGGAAUUCGGAUCGGCAUACUUCUCCAGUCAGACCAAGUUCCGUUAGCUGUUGCAAUGUUACGACGAGCCGAGGCAAUGAAAAUGGAGACGUCCGCAGCAUGGAACAGGCUUUUCAGUUAUUGUUUUGACAGAGGCGCGCCUCUAGCGGCUUUUCGAUUUUAUAAUGAUAUGAAGAAAAGGGCGCGGGCCCCGACAUCCCAUACGUACACUAUCAUGCUGAAAGGACUCUGUCGAAAGUCUCGCCAAUCUGGCGUGAAACCUGUUGAGCUCGCCUACAAGAUUUAUCGGCAGUUAUUGGAUCCCGACUCAGAUAUCGAACCUACUCAUCAUCAUUAUCACGCCAUGCUCGAGGUGUGCGGAACAUAUCACGAUAUGGAAACAUUAUGGAAUGUCGUGGGCGAUCUUCCAGAAGCUGGACCCCAUAAACCUACAGCACAAACCUAUGGUUUGAUAUUGCAGGCUCUUCUCGACUCUUGCGAUAACCAGUUAAAAGAGAUCCCAGCGGACCAAAUGGAGCUUAGAAAGGAAAAACGUGAAACGCUUAUUCUUGAUGCGAAGCGAUUGUGGGCAGAUGUCAUAAACCAGUGGCGAAAGGGUGAGCUGGCUCUUGAUGGGGAGCUUGUUAGUAUAAUGGCUUGGGUACUCAUUGACCCCAUGGAUGAGCUAAAUACGUACAAUGCUCUUGCAUUGUACAAGCAAACAAUGGAUAUUCCCAUCCUGGUUCCCAAACCACAGAAUGCGCCAAUGAAAGCUUCCAAACAAGGAAAAUGGGAAGCUGCCGUACGUCUCAGCAAGAAGCGGGAAGAGCGCGAAAAUGAAUAUAAUUAUACGUCCUGGCAGCCUUUGGAGGAACAAGUGGGUAACGCGGAGGAGUCCGAAGAUAUUUUAUCUGCAAAGGAAGAAAGUAGCAAUACGGAAGACUUUGUGGAAGAUCUCGAAGAUGUCUUUGAUCCGGUAGAAGAAGUCAACAGCGAAGGCGGACCUUCGUUUCUUGUGCCGGAUAACAGGGUACUUCACAUUAUCUUGACGGUAUGCCGACUUUUGACCAAAGGCACAGCUCCAGGCAGAGGCUAUUGGAACCUUUUCACUCUGGACCGUGACGGUUACAAUAUAAAACCGGAUCCAGGCAACUUCUAUGCAUACUUGCGGUUACUUCGAAUCUCGCGAUCUAGUCAAACUGCUCUCGACGUAAUUCGUCAACAAAUGGUUCCUACUGGCCGGUUGGACGGAAAGGCACUUCAUAUCGCCAUGAGUUGCUGUCUCCGCGACAGGACAAACCCUAAUGUGCUCCUCAUUGCGCAGAGCUUUUUGUCCCUCAUGCAGGAGCAUCUCCCUCUACCGGAUCCUAAACCACUAAUGAAUUUUAUUGAGCUUUCGACUGUCCUGACUGAAAAUCCUCAAUGGCUCCUUGUCCUCAGAGGGUUAGAGGAUAUUGACCCGAAUACGACAAAUCUAACGAUCAUGGGCCGUAAUAUGAGGUGGUCACUACAGAAGAAGGUUAUUACCAGCCUCGAGCCACAUGCGAACCGACUCUACGAAUCGAUGGAGAAAGUGCUCGAUUCACCAGUGAAAUACUACUCGACGGGAAGUCCAAACUCUCCGGAAACCAUCAACGGCUACCUUGCGCUUCAAUUCAUGGUCAAGUUCCGUGAGCUAUUGGACAAGGUGCUCGGGACCCAGUAUGCCGAUACAAUGACCAAGGCAGAUCGCGACUGGAUUGCACCAUUGGCGAUCAAAUUGAGAAAGUUUUCGAAUCCAGAAGUUGCCAAGAAGGUCCAAAGUUCGGUGUUACGUCCGUUGAGUCAUCAUUAUUCGUAUGAUUGAGCUUGAGAUGACUUCUGAUGGAGGACUAUUUAUCUAUCAGCAUCUUGUAAAUCUCUUCCUUGUACCAUAUUUUCUCUCUUGUAUUUAUUGUAUGCAUGACACGGCGUUGAUCUGUUAGAUCGAUUGCAUCUGGGAUAUUUCGAUCACAUAUAUAGAUAUCUGUGAAUACAUCAAUGAUCAUUUU